AUGAACGCCCAACACGUGCUCGACCGCGCGUACGGCUUCAUUCCCAACCAUGUCCUCAAGCGCGCCUAUGCCUCCCGUCUUAUCUACGCGCUGCAACCGUCUUCCGCCGUGACCUUCAGUCAGCACCUACCGGCUCCCGACAACCCACGCGAGCGCAUACCUGCGCAUAUAUCCGGAGUAAACGCGCUGACAAUCGACAAGUUCGAAGGACGAUAUCUGCUUUCUGGAGGUGCCGACAGCUCCAUCGCGGUAUGGGAUCUCGAGGCGCAGACCACGGCAACCGAGGCGGGAGAGACAUGUCUGCCUUUGACGGCGGUGAACAAGACGAGCGAGGAGCACAAGCUGGGCAUUACGCAGAUACAAUUCUAUCCCUUCGAUUCUCUGGCCUUCCUCACGUCCUCGUACGAUCACACCGUCAAGCUCUACUCCAGCGAAACACUUGCGACGUCAGCGUCUUUCGAUCUCGACUCGGUGGUGUACAACAUCGCCCUGUCGCCUAUCGCAUCGCACCUUCUCGUCGCAUGCGCCACCCAACACCCCAACGUCCGUCUCGUCGAUCUGCGUUCCGGCGCAACCACACACAGUCUAGCGGGCCACUCUGGCGCAAUCCUCUCCACAGCAUGGAGCCCUGUGCGCGAACACAUUCUCGCGAGCGGAGCUACAGACGGCAGUGUACGCUUCUGGGAUGUACGCCGCAGCGUCGGUGAGCUGGGCGUACUGGAUCUCGAGGACUCAGUCGGCAUACUAGGGAAGCCCGCAUCGUUUACACGCAACUCUACCAACGCACAAGCGCACAGAGACGCCGUGAACGGGCUCGUCUGGACAGAAGACGGCAAACACCUAGUCUCGUGCGGCCACGAUGCUCGAAUACGCGUCUGGGACACGGAUACCGGCGCCAAUACCCUCGCCAACUUCGGCCCCAUGGUCAAGAACUCGGGGCUUGCACCGCGUAUCCCCGUACUUGCACCCACGCAGAACCUCCAGCCAGGUGCCGAUCUCAUGUUCUACCCCAACGAGCAUGAGAUACUUAGCUACGAGCUCUUUGAAGGUAAGCUUAUCCGCCGUCUGCGCCGCUCACAGCAGCCCCAGACGAACAACCCACCUAGUACGUCUGGUGCGACAGCAAAGGGACAACGCAAUAUCAAGGAUAGAAUCACAAGUCUAGCGUGGCGGCCACAUCACGUAGAGAUAUAUUCUGCGCACGCCGAUGGCAGUAUAGCGGCAUGGACGCCGCGAACGGAAGAAGACGCUGAAGCAGAUGAGGAUGAGCAAUUGGAGCGGGAAGAAAAGGAGGUCGAUAAGAAAAGGAAGAGAGGCGUGCUAGAUGAGAUAUACCAAGGGUUGACCAAGAAGCAGAUUACAUUUGGCAACAUGGGCUUUUAG